AUGCUGCACCAAAGCUGCAGCUGUUGUUCUGAUACUGCUUCUACAACACUGCCCCAACACUGCCCCAAAACUGCCUCUAUACUCACACCAACACUGCUCCUACAACACUGCCCCAACACUGCCUCCAUACUCACACCAACACUGCUUCUACAACACUGCCCCAACACUGCCUCUAUACUCACACCAACACUGCUCCUACAACACUGCCCCAACACUGCCUCUAUACUCACACCAACACUGCUUCUACAACACUGCCCCAACACUGCCUCUAUACUCACACCAACACUGCUCCUACAACACUGCCCCAACACUGCCUCUAUACUCACACCAACACUGCUUCUACAACACUGCCCCAACACUGCCUCUAUACUCACACCAACACUGCUCCUACAACACUGCCCCAACACUGCCUCUAUACUCACACCAACACUGCUUCUACAACACUGCCCCAACACUGCCUCUAUACUCACACCAACACUGCUUCUACAACACUGCCCCAACAAUGCCUCUAUACUCACACCAACACUGCUCCUACAACACUGCCCCAACACUGCCUCUAUACUCACACCAACACUGCUUCUACAACACUGCCCCAACACUGCCUCUAUACUCACACCAACACUGCUUCUACAACACUGCCCCAACACUGCCUCUAUACUCACACCAACACUGCCUCUGCUCACACCAACACUGCAUCAACUAAUACCAACACUGCUCCUACAACACUGCCCCAACACUGCCUCUGCUCACACCAACACUGCAUCAACUAAUACCAACACUGCUUGUGCUCACACCAACACUGCCUCUGCUCACACCAACACUGCCUCUGCUCACACCAACACUGCCUCUAUACUCACACCAACACUGCCUCUGCUCACACCAACACUGCAUCAACUAAUACCAACACUGCUUCUACAACACUGCCCCAACACUGCCUCUGCUCACACCAACACUGCAUCAACUAAUACCAACACUGCUUGUGCUCACACCAACACUGAUUCUACUCACACCAACACUGCCUCUAUACUCACACCAACACUGCCUCUACUCACACCAACACUGCCUCUAUACUCAUACCAACACUGCCUCAACUCACACCAACAUUGCUUGUACUCACACCAACACUGCUUCUACUCACACCAACACUGCCUCUAUAAUCACACCAACACUGCCUCUACUCACACCAACACUGCUCCUACAACACUGCCCCAACACUGCCCCAACACUGCCUCUAUACUCACACCAACACUGCUUCUACAACACUGCCCCAACACUGCCUCUACUCACACCAACACUGCUUCUACUCACACCAACACUGCCUCUAUAAUCACACCAACACUGCCUCUACUCACACCAACACUGCUCCUACAACACUGCCCCAACACUGCCUCUAUACUCACACCAACACUGCUUCUACAACACUGCCCCAACACUGCCCCAACACUGCCUCUAUACUCACACCAACACUGCUUCUACAACACUGCGCCAACACUGCCUCUACUCACACCAACACUGCCUCUACUCACACCAACAUUGCUUUUACUCACACCAACACCGCCUGCACUAACACCAACACUGCCUCAACUAACACCAACACUGCUUCUACUCACACCAACACUGCCUCUAAUCACACCAACACUGCUUCUACUCACACCAACACUGCCUGCACUAACACCAACACUGCUUCUACUCACACCAACACUGCUUCUACUCACACCAACACUGUCUCUAUUCACAAUGCAUCUUCUAUAUUCACAAUUCAACUUUAUAGCAAAAUUUCAAACUCAAAUUCCACUAAUUUAA